UCUGCACAGCCAUUGUGACACAGCCGUGAUAGGGGUGCCCUCCGUACCUGUUUCCAUGGAUUUGUCCUCAGUCCUCCCCAGCCACUGUCAUGGUCGAGCUGCCUGCAGAACUAUGGCUCUACAUAGCAGAGUUCAUCCCAGAACGUCAACUUCGAAAUCUACUCGAUGUCAACCGUGUCUUCUACGAGAUCGCGCUUAACGUCAGAUAUACGAAGAUCAUAAUUGAGGGCAUGAAUCUGAGCACAGUUGCUCUGUUGAAAAGACUGAGGGAUCCAGAGGUUGCGAAACGGGUCUUGCACCUGAGCAUCGUCUCUCAUGACACUCGCAGCCAGCUGAUCGACGACGUCCAAACAUUUCGAUUCACGAAAUUUAGUCGCCGUAAGAAUCUCUCAGCAGAUGGUGCCACCCAACUCCUCAUAGAUAUUCUCCCCGGAUUCAUAAAUCUCUGUGAAUUUUCCGUCGACUUUUGGGGACUUCCAUCCGGCUAUAAAUUGAUACCAUUCCUCAAUGCCGCUUGGUCCACGCUUGGUCAACAGAUUCGCACCCUUUCCCUUGAAGGGAAUUUGAACGCGUUUCGCAUCGUCGUCGAGACCAGCACCCCAUUAGAAUCAUUGGAAUCGCUGACAAUUCAGCUAACAUCUUCCAUGUACCCUCUGUCAGACGCGGGAGAGUCGAUUGAAUCCAUUUUGGCUCUCAGAAAGUUCAUAAAUGGACUGAGUCCUCGAUUGAAGACUUUUGACUUUUCUUCGUGGGCAGCCACGGAUGUAUCAAGGUUAUUUGUUGAUUUGGACCACUUCCCGCUGUUGCAUCGCUUCCGUAUUCGCACCGCCUUCAACAAAGCGUUCCCAACAGAUCCUUCUGGACUAUCCCGCUUCGUUCGAGGGCACGCAAACACACUCGAUGAUCUGCAAUUGUGGCUGCACCCAGCUGGAUCCGCAGUGGACCCAUCGUUGGAACAACCACUCAGCGAAUGGUUGUUGGCCACCGUGGACCCAAUACCGGAAUUCCCCAUAUUGAAUGACUUACAGUUCUAUCCCACCCAUCUCCGUAAUGGUUUCGAGGCUUUCCUGAUCACGAUACGGCGUUCCGCUAGCAGCCUUAUCAACCUUGUUUCGCGAGAUCAUUAUCUUUCGUCUCAAGAAACCAUCCAACUUGUAGAUGCCUUAGCAUGCAGUGGUCCCAACAGAACUCUGAGAUCACUGCGUCUCAAUAUGCUCGUUUUUACAGGGGAUGUUCUCGAUGCGAUGGCCCAAAAGCUACCUGGUUUGGUGUCACUCAAGUUAUACAUUGGGGAUAACCAAGAAUCGUUUGAUGACAUCAUGAAGAAUCGUUCCUUCACCAACUGGGGUUUACAUGAUGUUGGGAUCUGGUGCAGUGGUUCGGGAAUCGAUGACGAGUCGAUGCGGUUACUUGCUCGCUGCAUCCCGUCGGUCCGGAGCUUCUGGGGAAAGGGACAUAUGAAGACGGAUGAAGCCCCCUGAGUUGUUAUUCACCUUUAUUAUGUGUCUAAUGUAUCUUACCCUCAAAUCCCUUCUAUAUGUAUGGCUACUAGGCAACUUCAACCGGUACCUCAUUGUCCACAACCGCGACGGUUUCUUGUGUGGCCGAAAUCUUCUCGUUAACUGGAUCUGUCUCCGCCUUGUAAUCAGUCUCCUUUAUACCAACGGUCCCACC